AUGGGCUCCGCCACAUCUCCCCCGGAGCAGGAUCGCCACACGUUCUACGGAGGCAAGGCACAACAGUCGGCCGACAGCCCGGGCACAUUCCAGACGGUCGACCCGUCUACGGCCAAACCCACAGCCACCAUCCACACAUCGUCGUCCCAGUCCGUCAACGCCGCCAUCGCCAGCGCGGCAUCCGCCUUCCCAUCAUGGUCAGCCACGCCGCCCAUCGAGCGCAGCCGCGUGCUGCACCGCGCCGUGGCCCUGCUGCGUGAGCGCAACGACGAGCUGGCGCGCAUCGAAACGCUGGACACGGGAAAGCCGUACUCAGAGACAUCUACCGUCGACGUCGUCACCGGCGCUGACGUUCUGGAGUACUAUGCCUCGCUGGUAGCCUCAGGCGGGCUCAACGGCGAGAGCUUCCGCCUGCGUCCAGACGCCUCGGUCAUCACUACCAAGGAGCCCCUGGGCGUCUGCGGCGCCAUCGGCGCAUGGAACUACCCCAUCCAGAUCGCCCUGUGGAAGUCAGCGCCCUGUCUCGCCGCCGGCAAUACCCUCGUCUACAAGCCGAGCGAGUUCACGCCGCUGCACGCCCAGUACCUCGCCGAGGUCUACCGCGACGCUGGUCUGCCCGACGGCGUCUUCAAUGUCGUCUACGGCGCCGGCGAUGUCGGCGCCCAGCUGUCUGCCCACCCGCAGAUCGCCAAGGUCAGCUUCACUGGCCAGGUGUCAACCGGCAAGAAGGUCGCCGGCGCCGCGGCGGGCGGCAUGAAGUACGUGACCAUGGAGCUGGGCGGCAAGAGCCCCGUGGUCGUACUGCCGGACUGCGACGUCGAGAACGCCGUCGACGGCGCUAUGAUGGCCAACUUCUUCAGCUCGGGCCAGGUCUGCACCAACGGCACGAGGGUGUUCGUCCCGCGGGCCAUCCAGGCUGACUUCGAGCGGGUGCUGGUCAACAAGAUGCAGUACAUCCGCGCGGGCGACCUCUUCGACCCGAACACCAACUUCGGCCCGCUGAGCAGCAGGGUUCACUGCGAUAAGGUCAUCAGCUAUAUACAGCAUGGUAUCAAGAACGACAAAGCGAGGCUCCUCUACGGCGGCAACACGUCUCCCGGCGCUGUGAGCGUUCCAUCUGCGCUGAAGGACGGCUACUGGGUCCAGCCGACUGUGUUCACCGACUGCACCGAGGACAUGAAGAUUGUGAAGGAGGAGAUAUUUGGCCCUGUCAUGUGCAUCCUGCCGUACGACACCCUCGAGGAGGCCGUCAAGAAGGCCAACAACACCGACAUGGGCCUGGCGGCCGGCGUGUUCGGCAAGGAUAUCAACCAGUGCCACAAGGUCAUCGCCCAGCUCGAUGCCGGCAUCACGUGGGUCAACACCUGGGGUGAGUCGCCUGCCGAGAUGGCCGUGGGCGGUUGGAAGUUGAGCGGGCUGGGCGUGGAGAACGGCAGGAAGGGCCUCGAGAACUGGACGAGGAACAAGAGCACCUUGAUUGAGAUGAGUGGCAGCGUGCCUACCGUGUUUGCCAAGCUGUAA